UGACACUAGCGAAACUUCUAACCUGAAAAAUUGCUAAUUGUUUUCAGUUUACGCAAGCUGUUUACGUGACAAAAAUCGAAGAAGUAUCUGAGUAACUGACUGAAAUAUGAUAGACGAAUACAAUUUAGAGGAUGAUUCAGCUUCACAGUUCAGAGGGGGAUCAUUAAGAAUUAAUCCUGGAGGGAGUAAAGCAGAUCUGUUGCCGAAGUCGAAAGAAAAUCAAAGUCUGGAUAAGGAAAAUGCGAAAAUUACCUCCAAUUGUAACUGGGGACAGACUUUGAUGUCUCCCUUCGCUUCUAUACCAAACAAAUUAACUGUCAACAUCUGGGGAGCUAAACCGGAACCAAAAAUAGAACGCACAGCUUCUCAGAACACUUCUUUGAACCAACAAAAGACUAUUCAAUCAACUGUUAUUAUACCGGAGGACCCAUGUAGUUAUUUUACUUUUCGGGAAGGAGUUGUCGAUAAUGCUGUGAAGGAAUGCAGAGAGGAAUUUUUAGAUGAAGAUUCUGAUGGUCCUCUCUUAGCUUACUUUUUGCUUACCCAAAUUAACCAUUGGGAUACUGAUAAAGAAAGGCUCAUUCUCCUGACACCAAAAACUCUAGUCAUUGCCAAAUACGAUUUUAUAGCUCUAAAACGUUUAGGAUACAAAAAAUUGCCCUUGGAUUUAGUAGAACAGCUGCAUAUUGGAGAUCUUGUCUACCCUAAUGGCUCAUUAAUUCCUCGUUUAAAUGGAGUCACAGAUGGAUUGACUAAUUUUUUGGAGAAUUGUCUUUUUUCUCGAUGGGGGAAUUCUGAAAGUAAACCAAUGAAUAACUUCUACCAAUCUAGGGAUAGAAAUAUGAGAGGAGCAAGACUAAUGUGGAAACAAGAAAAACCAGCAACUUUGGGUUCUAAAUGGAAUCCAUUCACUGAUAAUGUGCCAUUUUGUACAUUCACCUAUCAUCCUUUGUACUUCCAUAAAGAUGGUACAGUUGAACCUCGUAGAAAUAUUUUCGAUCUGGAUACGUUUGUGGAUAAAUUAUGCGAUGUUUUCGUAGCCAUGCAGGUCAAAAAGUCUGAUGAAAAAGAUUACUGUGCCAUAUACCACAAGAAUAUCGUUCUGGAAAAUUAUGUCGGCAUAGGUUCUUUGUUACACAAUCGAAAUGCACUGGGAUUCUUCAAGGUGAGAGGUAAAUUCAGUUUUUAAAUGGAACCGUGAGAAAAGGAAAGCAAUAGGGAUUACCGAAUGGAAUAUUCAUUAAUUUUCAAUAGGAGGCAUGCAAUCAGGUGAAGAUGUAGCAUUACUGACUCGUAGAAAAGAAAGAAAAGAUAGAACCUAUAGUAACAAAAAUACUUGAUGUUGAGUGUUUCUAAAUUUGAUUGUUAUCCUUUUUCAAAAUUAUUGCUUUCAUCUGUGUGCCAAUGAAUGUCAAUUUAUCUCAAUUUUACAUAUCUAAAGAACCAUGAAACUAGUGGACUUGAUAACCAAAGAUAAAAAUAUAGGAAAUAUAUAUAUGUAUACACAGUUAAACUUAUGAUGAUAUAUUUAGAUUUGCAAAAAUAAAACUAAUAUAUUUCCCAA